AAAUACGGUUUACAGUAAGAAGUCAUCUUUCCAAAAUACUUAUCUAACUCACCAAGAAUGGCUAUGACAGUCAAGAAGGCUACGCCCUGGAUGUGGGUGGCUGAUGAGUGCAAGAACUCGUUCAUGGAGAUGAAAUGGAAGAAGGUGUUUAGGUACAUCGUGUUUAAGAUCGAUGAGAAUUCGAAAUUCGUCACUGUCGAUAAAGUCGGCGGUCCUGGUGCGAGCUACAACGAUCUCGCCGCCUCGUUGCCGAACGACGACUGCCGAUACGCGGUGUUUGAUUUCGAUUUCGUGACCGUUGAUAAUUGCCGGAUGAGCAAGAUCUUCUUCAUUGCAUGGUCCCCUGAAGCAUCAAGAAUUAGAGCAAAAAUGCUGUAUGCGACCUCAAAAGCCGGGCUUAGAAGAGUCCUGGAUGGGAUCCAUUACGAGGUCCAGGCUACUGACCCUGCGGAAAUGGGCUUUGAUGUGAUCCGAGACCGGGCCCAGUAGAUUUUAUUUUAUAUAAUUAUGUCAGUAAUGUAAAUUAAUGCCAUCUAAUCUGAUGUAUUAAUAAUAGUAAUAAAUAAUAAUAAUAAUUAUGCCUUGUGUGCGCUAA